AUGGGGAAUACUCUUUACAGUAGCACAGGGUGCAGCUCCACCCAGUUAGACGACAUGUACGCCAAGUACGUAAACAACCUUUACAACAUAUACAGUUACUUGUUUAAGUAUGAGCACUUCGUCUUUAUGAAUUGCUACGCGUUGAAUUCCUUUUGCCAUGUCUUGGAGGGCAUCAACAAGAACGAGGGACACGUGCUCAUAAAGGUGUUCAAGCUUAGAUGCGAAACGCAAAAAAUAAAAAGGAUUCUGUAUACGCUAAAGUUCCUCUUCUCAUUUGAUCUCUUCCCAAAUGUAUUGCCCUACAACCGAAUGAGCGUGUACGAAAACAACAUUUACAUCUACAGAACGUUUGUGUUUAAGAGCCUGAAUCACUACCUCUUCAACGAGAGGAACAACAAGCCCUUCAAACACUUCUUUUUGUUUCAAAUAUUUCUUGCAAUUAUACAGCUGCACUCGCUUGGCAUCUAUCAUGGCCAUAUAAAGAGCGAAAAUUUUCUGCUGCAGAAUAAUAUGCACAUACUAAUAACGGAUAUUAAUAUAUUGAAUAAGUACCUCUACUUCAUUCCAAGUGUGAGGUAUCCUGGCAAGGAAAACAGCCUACUACAGCGCCUACAGAAGCUCCAAGACGACAUCUUCAACCUCGGGAUCCUGCUCCUAGAAAUUAUUCUUAGGGAUAAGAACGUAUCGUACGCGUUUCUCAAGGAGAACUACGAUGACAAGAACGAUUGUAACUUCCAGCGGGAGAGGAGUAGACAAGGCAUGUUUCAAUUUGUGGAAAGUGGAAAGGGGGCAGAGAAAACAAACGGAAAAGGAAAAGUGAAUGGCAAGGUGAAAAAAACAAAAAGGAAAGAAGAUAAAGAAUUUCCCUUUAUCAGCAAUGGUAGUGUUGAAAGUACGGAUCGAAUCAUUGAUCUGUCGACAAAGAAGAUCAAUCACAAUUUUGUGCAUGCACUCUCCUUACCUUUUAUAAACAGAAGGAUAAAAAAUGAGGAGGAAAGUUUUUUUCAAGAGAACAAACACGUUAAAAUGAACAUAGACAAAUACAGGCACUACAAUUACCACUACAUUAAUAGCGUAAACUACAUAAACAUUUACAACGACUUUUACAACAAUGGGACAUUGAAUUCUGUUAAUGAAAACAACUCACACAGGGGAAGCCUCACUACUUAUGGAGGGAAUGUGGAGAAUGAGGUUCCACAUAGGAGUAAGACUGUUCUAUAUGACCGAACAGAUGGGGCUCAUUCUUUUGGAGAGGCUCCCCAUGCAUUCAGCGAUUACGAGGUACUCGGGGGGGAAACAAAGGGGGGGAGGAGAAACAGGGGCAGUCACGACAGAUUGGAUUUGCAUGUGCAAAGAGAUUGGGGUUCCAUUAGCUCCAAUGAGAUGAAGGAGCCAGAGGUGACGCAGUCGCCAGUUAGCACUGUGAAGGUUGAUGGGGGAAAUGUUGACGGGGGAAAGGUUAACGGGGGAAAGGUUAACGGGAGAAAGGUUGACGGGGGAAAGGUUGACGGGGGAAAGGUUGACGGGGGAAAGGUUGACGGGGGAAAGGUUGACGAAGCACUUCACCCCCGCAGGCGCAGCCGACAGGCAGACAGAAGAGAAAAGGGAGUACCCUACAAAAUCUGGAAAAUUGUAAACGUAGCAAAACACCCAUUCAUCGUAUACUCCCUCAUCAAUCAUUUCUUCCUACAAAAAAAAAAUAACAUUUUAAAAAUUUUUAAAUACUGGUCUUACUAUGUAUUUCCGAGUACAUACAAGUAUGUCUUCUUCCCUUUGACGAUAUUGCAGCUGCACCCCGUGUUUAAGAACGCAGACAUUUUUAUUCUCCUCCUUCAUUAUAACUUACCUUUCAUUUUGUUCCACCUGGAUUUAUUUGCACAAAAGGAACGGGACAAAUAUGACAUGCUAAACAUGGUGAGCAGGCACAAUGGAGAAGACUCAAAGAGUGCGUAUAAAAUACAUCAGCGGAGCUCCUUCUCACGUGAUGGAAAAAGCAGUUCGGGGAAUGCACAGGAAAAAGAAGAGACGACAUUUCAUCUGAAGCGGUCACACACAUUGCAACAAACGCGGGCAUCAUCGACGCGGCGACAUGCGGGUCGCCUCGCCCACUUCGUUGACGUGGUUAAGGAAUUCACCACCGGUGUCAACAAGCACCAGAUGGAAACCUACAUCAGGGACAGUGACUUGGGGGAUAUCGUGAAGGUGCAGAUUCUACAGCAGUGGAAUGUGUACAGGCGAGAGAUCAAGGGGAGAAGGAAUGGAACUAGUGGAGUGUACCACUCAACUUGCCACUUUCCAUUUCCAACUCUUUCCUAUAAGAAUGCCCACGAAUUUUACAGAAACUUUUUGGUCUUUUACAAAACCCUGUUUAAUGAAAUUUUUCAAAAAAAUCAAAGCUACAUUGAUAUUUUUAGCGGUUUGGAGAUAUGCAAGAGGGAAAUUUAUUCGCCCCUUUUUCGGGGAACGAAUAUCAGGCGAAGCAAUACCAAUAGUUGCCACUCCCCCAAUUGGACAUUCAACGAAGACAUACUCCAUUUAGUAAACAUGAUAAUUACCUCGUACCAGUCUCUCGCAUACGAGUCUACCAAGCUUCUUUGCCUCGAAAUGCUGUACUGCAUUAUUUUCCACUUCAAUCACAGUACCCUGAACAGAGAAGUAACGUCUUUCCUACUUUUUUGCAUGAACAAGUCAGGUGAAAAAUUAAAAAUUAUGAUCAUAAAAUCUUUUUACAAAAUUAUGAACAAUGAAAAUGCCUAUGAACAUAUGUACCCCUAUGUGGAAAAAUUUUUGCCGUCCUUUUUGUUACUCAAGGAUAGUAAAGAAAAGAUUGAAAAAUAUUUUUAUGCGAAAUAUUUACCGCUAAUCGCAAAUGUGACAAUUCAGUAUAUAUAUAAUGUUGGUUUGUUGAAAAAGGGCAGGAAAAAGCAAAAAGAAAUUGCUAAAGAGGAGGAGGAUGGCAAGAAAACGGGCCCUGAUGAAGUUAUCAUCUCCGAAGUGAAGCACAUGGAUAUAUUAAAAACACUUCGUAACCACUUAGUGCACAUUUUAAAAUACUCCACUGACGAAUCUAUUUUGUUUGAAUUCUAUGAACACCUAAUCAGCUUCUGCAAAAUCAUGAGCAGAAAAUGGGUAAGAAUAUACAUCCUCCCGUAUUUACUAGCAAAUAUUUACAAGACGAAGAAUAGCUUUAUCAGGGCUUUGUCCAUUCGUAUCACCCUGAGAAUUAUGUCGUAUAUUAAUGAUAGUGAAACGUACAAAAUGAUUUGUGCCUAUGUGAAUCCAAUUCUUUUCGAAGGAAACGAAUUGGCCAUUCUGUUUUUGCUUUCCGAGUGUAACAUCCUCCUGCAGAAGAACGCCCGUAAGAGGUGGCUCUCCUCUGGCGUUCCACCCAGUGGCCACAAAAACGAAACAAUCGAAAGGACCGAACGGGGAAAAAGAAACAGAAGACACAUACACUUCUUGCGGAAACUCAAAAUAAACCACCUACGCAACCACCCCUCUGUCGCCAUUCGUGAUUUGGCACACACAGUCCAGGCUAAUCUACUCAAAAUGUCAACCUAA